UGUGUGGGUGAGAGACACAGUGAGAAGGAGGAGGGGUGUAGACAGAGAGAGAGAGAAACCUAGCUGGCUCUCAGAUCUUGGCUGCGGUGAGGACACCCAGGAGAAGUGCAUUCCUGAGGCAGCAAGCGAGGAGAAGGCACAGAUAAGGGAAGAUAGAGCGGAGAAGUCGUGACAUCCUUUAAAUCUCCCCCUGACCAAGUCUGACUGCCUCUGACCUGCGCCGGACUCGCACGCUCCACGCACACUCACCCGCUGCCUUUGCACACCAGCUGCACAACCGGCUCUGCUGCUCUCUCAGACGUAAAGGAUUCCCCUUCGAGCGAGGAAAAGAGACGGAGAGAAUUAAAAUCAGACAGAGGGAAUAAAGACAACGGAGAGAAGGACAGGAUCCUCUCACUCGCACAUUAAACCCCAACCCCACCGCCCAACAUCAGAAGAUGAAGUUCUCUGCAUUCAAGGUACAAAGUACAAGAGUCAGUGCCAUGCAUUGUUGAGUUGAGCCAACCCAAGCUGAAGUGAUCGGUUUUGAAGACCAUCUUACCCUUUACCCCGUCCUGCCUGGUCCCAGAUGGAGCUAAAAGUGUGGGUAGACGGAGUAGUGCGGGUUGUAUGCGGCCUGUCUGAGGAGACUUCCUGCCAGGAUGUGGUCAUUGCUCUGGCCCAGGCCAUUGGCCAGACAGGCCGUUAUGUUCUGAUCCAGCGUCUUAGGGAUACGGAGCGGCAGCUGUUGGCCACAGAUAGGCCUCUGGAGUCUCUGGCUAAGUUAGGCCAACAUGGCAGUGAAGUUCAGUUCUUCCUGCGCCGCACUGGCCCUAGCAGCAGUGACGCACCUGGCUCAAAACAAGACGGACCAACUCCCCACCCACUGCCCAAGCAUCCUGAGCCAGAGCCAUCGAAACGCAGCCAGCCUAAGAAAGCGCACACCUUUAACCUGGGGCCAUCUACCUCCCCUAGAACCAAACCAUUUAAGAAGUCUCCUCGGGACUCUCCAGAGCAAAGACCCUCCCCCUCUCCUUCUCCCAGCCCUGUAUCUUCUCAUGUGCCAUCGCCGUCUCCCUCACCACUUACAGGCCCAUCCAAAGAGGAGGUCUUUAGGAAAGUUCUUCAGCAACAGGAGAGACUGAGGGCCAUCGAGGCCCAGCUAGAAACCCUAGAGAGGGAGUCACGUUCCUGGGAGUGUCCCUACCCAUCUCCAUGUCCUUCACCCGUUUCUGACGCUCGCUUGCAAGAAGAGAUGGAGACACUGGAGCAAGUGGUGCGGAGAAACCAGGCCGAGCUUGCCCAUGAGCAGUACUGGGAGGAGGAGCUUCAGGCAGAGGUGGAGAAGGAGCGAGGAAUGAGGAGGAAGCUGGGGGAGCUCCAUGCCAAGCUAGACGACUGUGGACGGCGGCUCCACGAGUUCUCCGUGCGCUCGUCUCAGCUGGAGAAAGAGAUCCAGCGGGAAAGCCAGGAGGUAGGGAAAGCCAGAAGACCUGAGGAGUCCCUCGAUGCCAUGACGGCAGAGCUCCAGAGACAGGAAAAUCACGGGACAGAGCUGGGGGAGCAGCUAUCUGAGACUGACAAGGCUCUGGGGAAGGCAGAGUCUCUGCUGCAGGCCAAACAGGAGGAGCUGGAGGAGCUGAACAAGGAGCUGAGGCAGUGUAACCUGCAGCAGUUUAUUCAACAGACAGGUGUCCUGCCCACGCACACCCACUCACGCACAGAGCUUCAGGAGCAACUGGAGCAAUUAGAACUGGCACAUAUUCUGCAGGAUGGAUAUAGUAAUGGAAGCCACAGUGUUACUCCAGUGGAGUCACCACCCCGUCCCACUGCCAAACAGUUCCUGGGACAUCCACGCAACCUGCAAAACCCUCUAGUGUCCAGUCUCAACCCUGAGGUCCUGACAUCCCGAGAGUCAUCGUGGAGAUAAAACAUGGACCGCAGGGCCAAGGGCGACUUGUUCACUGUUCUGUCACCCAUCACCGCUUAUUUAACCCCUUUCUUUGUAACUCUUGUCAUUAUUUAAUCUACCAUGAUAUACAUACUGUAUAUACAUAAGACAAAUAUAUUUAGAGUUUUGCUACUGUAAACACUGCAAAGUAUGUGUAUGAAAUGUAAAAUAAUUUAGAAACCUUUUCCCUAGAGCAAUUAUUACUAUGACUGUGUAUUUAAAUAUGAUUAAAAAUGUGCAUUGUGUUUUAGAUAAUA